AUGGAGAGACUUCAAAGGCUUAUGAUGAAUCAAAGAGUGGGUAUGAUGGGCGGAGCAUCUUCGAGUGAAAUGCCAAUGGAUGAUACGAAAGAAACUGUUUACAUCUCGUCCCUUGCGCUCUUAAAAAUGUUGAAGCAUGGACGAGCUGGCGUUCCUAUGGAGGUCAUGGGAUUAAUGCUUGGUGAAUUUGUUGAUGACUAUACAGUAAACGUGGUAGACGUAUUUGCCAUGCCUCAAUCAGGAACUGGUGUUUCAGUUGAGGCUGUUGAUGAUGUAUUUCAAGCGAAAAUGAUGGAUAUGUUAAAACAGACUGGCCGGGAUCAGAUGGUGGUUGGUUGGUAUCACUCACAUCCUGGGUUUGGCUGUUGGCUAUCAUCAGUUGACGUUAACACACAAAAGUCUUUCGAGCAGUUGAAUAGCAGGGCUGUUGCCGUCGUGGUAGAUCCAAUUCAAUCUGUUAAGGGAAAGGUGGUGAUAGACGCGUUCAGACUAAUUGAUACGAACAUGAUCAUGAGAAAUCAAGAGCCAAGGCAAACUACUUCCAACACAGGUUUACUAAAUAAACCUAACAUUCAAGCGCUAAUUCAUGGGUUGAACAGACAUUAUUACUCUUUAAACAUAGACUAUCAUAAGACGUCUUCUGAGACGAAUAUGCUGAUGAAUCUCCACAAGGAGCAAUGGCAAUCUGGUCUUAAAAUGCAUGAUUACAGAGAAAAAGAACAAAACAAUUUGAAAGCCACCCAACAAAUGGUUAAGAUUGCGGAACUUUACUCAAAGAGAAUCGAAGAAGAAAGAGACCUAACCGAGGAGGAACUGAAGACUCGUUACGUUGGUAAACAAGACCCAAAGAAGCAUCUAUCAGAAACCGCAGAAUCUGUGCUAGAGGAUAAUAUUAUUUCUGUAUUGACAGCUGGUGUAAACUCAGUGGCAAUCAAAUAA